AUGGAAGAAGCAAAGAUGAGUAAGAGCCAAAGCGCUCCUCCAGACGGCUUUCUACAAGACUCCCAAGAAGCCCUCACAGAAGCAAGUGAACAAUUCAUCGCCAAAAAAAUAUCAAAAUACGAUGUCCUCAAAGUGCGUGUAUGGCUAGACGACCACUUCUUCAUCUUUUCCAGGUUUCUGGUCAGCAGAAUUCUCAACCUCAAUAAAGUCCCUCCCAAAGACUCAAUCAGAAUUGCUAUGGACCUCAAAAAGCUCCUCGUCGAAGAAGAAAAGUUUGACGUAAAACAGUCUGAAAUGCAAAAUUAUCUUUUUCAGAUCAUGCGAGCUUAUAACUAUGGUGACUCUUUUAUAAGAAGAUACCAAAUGGUCUCCAAUUUCUACGCACAAAGAGCUCCUUUGCUCAUUCUCGUCGCAGGGCCACCAGUGUGUGGGAAAUCUACCUUGGUGACGCAGCUGGCUGACCGUGUGAAUGUCGCAAACGUGCUUCAGACCUCAAUAGUGACCUCAGUGAUGAAAAAAUUCAACCCGAAUAUCAUAGGAAAGCCUUUUUGGGCUUACCCAGAAAACGAGCAAGAACAAAGAUUCAAUUGUGAGUGCGGAGUUGUCAGACGAGGAGUGCAGACUGAUAUAAGUAAAUGCUUGCAAGAGGGUAAAGCUUUGAUUAUUGAAGGAUACGAGCUUGAUCCGAAUCUUUAUUUGCAGCAGCACGAAGAUAUGCCUCGAAAGUUCAGGAUCACUAUGAAAAAUUCUGAUGACCCUCAUGAUCAAAUGUUGAAAAAGCAGCUUGACGACUUAGACCAAAGCAACGCUGUCAUUGUGCCGUUUUUGCUGACCAUUUCAGAAAAAGAGCACGCUUAUAUCAUUGAAAACUGGCUGAUGGGAAUUUUGCCACCAAGUAUCCAAGAAGAAGUCGCAACACUCGGGAAUUUCCAACAGCAGCUAAAACGCUUGCUAAAAAGCUUCCAAGAGGUGCAAAGGCAGCUGCUGGAAUACAACGAUAUUUUCACUGUUAUCCCAAUCAACAUCCAACACAUUGACGAGACCUUGAACACCUUGCACAAUGUUAUCCUUGCAAGGAUUGAAGCAUCUUUUAUUAAUCGAGCUUAA